CCCCUUUUUCGGCUCGCUUAUCCCCUACACGUGACCCCUUCUCACUUGACGUGUCCUUUAGUCUAGGACGUCAUGCUAAUGCCCUUCAGGCUAGUAAAGCUCUUUAUGAUACACACUGAACUUCCAUUGGCUCCAGAGUGUCAUAGUUCAGAUCCAAAUCAGUCCUCACUUCGCUUUCCACUCGCUGAACAUCUUUAUCUCUACAACUUCGCUCACAACGUAAAUCUGAAAAACCGAAUAACUUUCAAUCGUUACAAAAAGACACUAUGAUAUAAAUCUGGAUAAUAUUCGACAAGAUGGCACCAAAAAGAAAAUUGUCCAAUGAUGUCUCGGAAAAACAACCCAACAUCAAGCGCCCCCACACAACAUUCGAUGAGCUGCGCCAGCAACUGCAGAAGGGCAAUCCAGGAUACGAAGGGCUAGCAGCCAUUUCCUCCGCGUUCGAAGCCGAGCUAGCAGCUUUCUCGUCCUCUCUGACGAGAUUGAUCAAUUCCUCGCGAAGGAAAAUGAACAGAAACAGGAAAUUCCCCUUCCAUUUGCUGCCGCCGGAGAUCAAAAAUACAAUCUAUGAUCUUAUUCUUGACGACUACUUCGCACAGAGAAAGAAACACCGUAGUGAAGAAGGUGAUCCAUUCUACGAACGCGGAUUUACGCAUAACUCAAUACCCUACGGACCAAGUCUUGGGCAGGCGUACGGGUGCGCUCCCGACGUAUUCCGCGGCUUGGUAGAUAGUAUACUACCAGCCUUUGAGCUCUUCUUGAAACCGAACAAGAAGCUCCACGAGGAGUUCGCGAGUUCGAGGAUCACUAGAUCAGAACUCCUCUUGACCCCAUCCGUCUCAGCACGUGAUGGUGUCCUUCCCUCGUACGACCAUAAACGCCGCCGGAUCGGGGAUUUAGAUCGAAAGUACGGCGAGCAAGUCUGCUUUACCCUCAGGUAAGAUCCCCGCAGCACUUCUGUCACUGUACUAACAACAAGCAGCGGCAACUCACCCCACGAAGCCUAC